AUUUUUCUAGUUUUUUCUUUGAUAAUUUUCACAUGUGUGGAUAUAAUUAUAUCAAAUUUUUUCAGCAAUAAACGGACACAUUUUAUUGAUAAUCUUUGUAAUGGAUGAUUUUUUGAUUUUGUAUCAUCCUGUAUAUUAUUUUACAUUGCUAUUGUAUAUUUAACUAUUUCCGUAUCAUGUGAUAAUUAUAUAAUAUGGAUCUUAAGAAUGACUUAAAGUCUUCUAAUUCAAAGUACAGUAGAAAUGAAAGCUUUGGUGGGUUGUAUAAUCUUGGAAGCGGUAUUUUGGAAAGGUUGGAAACCAAAGUUCCAGAUGAUGUGGAUGAUUACGUAGGCCAAUUUUCAUUAAAAAACUAUAUAUCGCAAAUAAAAUCAGCUAGAAGCUCAAAAGAUUUUGAUUUUAAUCAAAACAAACUCGAUAUAAGCCCAUCAAUAAAACCGUCUGAUACAUUUAAAACUAAACCUUUAACCAAACAUGAAAGGCUACAAAAACUAGAGAAAAGUCUAAAUGGUAUACAAUCUAAUGUUGAGUUAAAGAGAAGUUCCAUCUUGGAGGACAUAUAUCAGAAAAUCAAUAAUUUGGAAAAUAAAAUAACUGAUUCAGAAACUUGUUCUGGCAAAAAAAUGGAUUUAAUUAGUAAAAAGAUUGAGAGGAUUGAAAAGUCAGUUGAAAUGAUAAAUACAAAGCAUGAGGAACUUAUUAAUGAAAAAGCAGAUGCUAUAGAUAAUAUUUGUGAAAAGUUUCACCACUCAUUAACACAAGAGCAAGAAAAAUGGAGGGAGGGUGAAAAGAACAUAUUGAGCUCUAUAAAGCAACAAAUAGAAUCAGUGAAAGAUGAAAUAUCAGAUAUGCAAAGAGUUAAAUCAGACAUUAUGUCAAACCUUAAGGGAUAUAUUGAAGUAGAGUUACCAAAGUUCAAGACAAAAAUAGAGAGCAAUAAUGAAAAUAUCUGUAAAAUGGAAGACAAAAUAAUAAGUAACACAUCUGAUGACCUGAUAACGCUGGCAAACUUUAUCAAAGAUGAGUAUGAACAGUUGAGAUAUAUGAAGGAUAAAAUGAUGACACAAUUAAAGAAGGAGAUGAAUAAUCUACAAAAUGAAAUUAAAAAGGAGUGUGACGAGAGAGAAGAUACACAAAAAAGACUAAUCGCAUUGAUGAAAGAAACAAUAAAAAAAAUAGAAUCUCCCUUAUAAAUUUUUAUAAUAUUUUGAUUAUAAUUUAUAAACUUGAAUAAUAAUAUUUUAC